CAACUUUUUGUUCUCUAUCUCCCACUUUCAAUGUCCAAAUCAAUCACUCACAAACCUCUGUUUCUCCAUAGCCAUCAAGAACAUGGCGAAAUCGAACCUCCCUUUCCUUCUCCCCCUCCUCUUCGCCAUCGCCAAUCUCUCAGCCUCCGCUCCAUCUCCGUCACCGUCUCCUACUUGCCCUCUAGACUUCAGCCACGUCACGAGAAUCCCAUGGAACACCACGGACUGUCAAAGCUACGACAGAUCAGUCGAGAGAAAAAACAGCUGCUGCCAAUCAGUUCUCACUCUCGUCGGAAUCCCCAUGGCUCACCGUCUCAAACAAACAUCAAACUUCCGUCUCCCAAACCUCGCCACCUCCGUCUCCUGCCUCGACGACCUCGAGAAGAAGCUCGAGUCCCUCUCCCUCCCUCCCAACCUCACCUCCGUCUGCUUCGAUCCGAACCAGUUCGUCAUCAACAACGAGACCUGCGCGGGAAUCCAGACCACCAAGGACUGGGUCUCCCGCCUCGGCUCCACCACGGCGCUCGACUCCGCCUGCGCCACCGGCCUGACCGAUCUCACCCGCUGCGACGCUUGCGUCGCGGCUGGCUUUCGCGUUCAGACGCAGCUGAUCACUCUGGACGGUAACACCUCUCACGGUGUGUACUGUUACCAUUUCGCCGUUCUCUACGCUGCUGGCAUCGUUAACAAGAACGGACCUGAGGGCGAUGACGCUCUGUCUUGCCUCUUCUCCUUGAGCUUGAGAUCUCCGUUGAGCUCGAAGAAGAAAAAACACACGGUCGUGGCGCUUGUUUUAGGCUUAACCGGAGCUGGCCUCGCGGUUUUGGCAAUUACCGGUUUGUAUCUCCGGUUCGGUAGAGCGGUUAAGAGAGGAGAAAUUGGUUGGGAGGAACAAGAGUCUAGACCGAAAUGGAGACCGAACACCGGUUCGAUCUGGUUCAAAAUCGAAGAACUCGAGAAGGCUACCAACAGCUUCUCCCAGAAGAAUUUCAUCGGUCGAGGCGGGUUCGGUUUCGUCUACAAAGGCGUUCUACCGGAUGGUUCGGUUAUCGCGGUUAAGAAGGUGAUAGAAUCCGAGUUCCAAGGUGAUGCGGAGUUCCGCAACGAGGUUGAGAUCAUUAGCAAUUUGAAACACAGGAACCUGGUCCCACUUAGAGGUUGUAGUAUGGUUGAUGACGAGAGCGAGAGUCAGAGGUAUCUUGUUUAUGAUUACAUGCCUAACGGGAAUCUUGACGAUCACUUGUUCGCUCCCAAGACGCCGUUAACCUGGCCGCAGAGAAAGAGUAUCAUUCUCGACGUAGCUAAAGGGUUGGCUUACUUGCAUUACGGCGUCAAACCGGCUAUAUACCACCGUGACAUUAAAGGUACAAACAUAUUGUUAGACGUCGAGAUGAGAGCGAGGGUUGCGGAUUUCGGUUUAGCUAAACAGAGCAGAGAAGGGGAGUCUCAUCUCACUACUAGAGUAGCCGGUACGCACGGUUACUUGGCUCCAGAGUACGCGUUGUACGGUCAGCUAACCGAGAAAAGCGAUGUGUAUAGCUUCGGGGUUGUUGUGUUGGAGAUAAUGUGCGGAAGGAAAGCUCUCGAUUUAUCUACUUCCGGUUCACCAAACACGUUUUUGAUAACGGAUUGGGCUUGGUCGUUGGUGAAGGCAGGGAAAACAGAGGAAGCGCUUGCGCCGUCUUUGUUGAGAGAGGAGCCUUCGGGGAUGUCGAAUCCGAAAGGGAUCAUGGAGAGGUUCUUGCAGGUUGGGAUCUUAUGCGCUCAUGUUUUGGUUGCGUUAAGGCCGACGAUAUUAGAUGCGUUGAGGAUGCUUGAAGGAGACAUCGAAGUUCCUCCCAUUCCUGACCGACCAGUCCCGCUCGCGCAUCCUUCGUACCGGAUCGAUGGGAACGGUUUCACUAUAUCGCCUGCGCUUAGUGGGCUACAAAUACAUUCCGGAGACAUGCUUAGAUAAAGUUUAGAGAAUAAGGAGACUCAUGUGUGGAGUUUUGGAUUUUGUUUUUGUAAAUAUUUUGAAUGCAAAGAUCACAUUGUGUAAACAUAUUACAUUAGAAAUUUAUUAACAGCACAUCAUAGUUCCUA